AUUUAAUCAUUUUCGAUGUCGCGCUUAGAAUCUGGAGAUGGUUUUCUGAAGCGCGAGCAAAAGAACCAGGAGGUGGUGGAGAAUGUGAUUGGUGAGCUGAAAAAGAUCUACCGGAGCAAGCUGCUGCCCCUGGAGGAGCACUAUCAGUUCCAUGACUUUCACUCUCCCAAGCUGGAGGAUCCGGACUUCGAUGCCAAGCCCAUGAUACUGCUGGUGGGGCAGUACUCGACGGGCAAGACGACCUUCAUUCGAUACCUGCUGGAGCGGGACUUUCCUGGCAUUCGGAUUGGUCCAGAACCCACCACAGACCGCUUCAUUGCUGUGAUGUACGAUGACAAGGAGGGCGUCAUACCCGGCAAUGCACUGGUGGUGGAUCCCAAGAAACAGUUCCGUCCACUGUCCAAAUACGGCAAUGCGUUCCUAAAUCGUUUCCAGUGCUCUAGCGUGGCGUCGCCGGUGCUGAAUGCCAUCUCCAUUGUGGACACGCCCGGCAUUUUGUCCGGCGAGAAGCAGCGCAUCGAUCGUGGCUACGACUUCACGGGGGUGCUGGAGUGGUUCGCGGAGCGCGUCGACCGCAUCAUCCUGCUCUUCGAUGCCCACAAGCUGGACAUCUCCGACGAGUUCCGGCGCUCGAUCGAGGCCCUCAAGGGCCAUGACGACAAGAUUCGCAUCAUUCUCAACAAGGCGGACAUGAUCGAUCACCAGCAGCUGAUGCGCGUGUAUGGAGCUCUCAUGUGGUCCCUGGGUAAGGUGCUGCAGACGCCGGAGGUGGCCCGCGUCUACAUUGGCUCCUUCUGGGACCAGCCCCUGCGCUUCGACUCCAACCGACGGCUGUUCGAGGACGAGGAACAGGAUCUCUUCCGCGACCUGCAAUCACUGCCCCGCAAUGCUGCCCUGCGCAAGCUGAACGAUCUGAUCAAGAGAGCGCGCCUGGCCAAGGUGCACGCCUUCAUCAUCGCCGAACUGCGCAAGGACAUGCCCUCGGUGUUUGGCAAGGACAGCAAGAAGAAGGACCUGAUCAAGAACCUGGGACAGGUCUACGAUCGCAUUCAGCGCGAGCACUCGAUAUCGCCCGGUGACUUCCCGGAUAUCAAGAAGAUGCAGGAUGUCCUGCAGCACCAGGACUUUACCAAGUUCCAUUCACUGAAGCCUCAUCUGCUGGACAUAGUCGACAACAUGCUGGCCAAGGACAUAGCGCGACUCAUGGAAAUGAUACCACAGGAGGAGAUGACGCUCGUCAACGAGCCCAUCGUUAAGGGUGGUGCCUUCGAGGGUGUCAUCGACGACCAUGUCUCACCAUUCGGCUACAUGAAGGGCGAGGGCAUUGAUGCCGGCUACGGAGAACAUGAAUGGAUUUGCAACAAGGAUAAAACACGCACAGACACCAUCUUUAACGGCCUCAGUCCGGUCGAUGGCAAGAUAUCCGGUGCAACUGCCAAGCAGGAGCUAAUCAAAUCGAAACUGCCCAACUCGGUGCUUAGUAAAAUCUGGAAAUUAUCCGAUGUCGAUGGUGAUGGCUUCCUCGACUCGGAGGAAUUUGCGCUGGCUUUGCACUUAAUCAAUGUCAAGCUGGAAGGCUGUGAGAUACCCACAGUAUUGCCGGAACACUUAGUACCACCGUCAAAGCGUUUUGCCUAAACAAAUACACUGUAAUAUAAAACACACAAAUCAAUCGAAGACGGCGGCCGACUGGCCAACUCCCACGAUGCACUAUGUACGAUUCUGCCUUUUUAUAUGUACUAUACUCGUACUCGUACUGCGCCAACUGCUGGGUAUUAAAACACACGAAACACACACACAAUAUGUCAAUGCAAGCAUUGCAAUAGAAACAAAAACAAAACAAAAAUGUAUAUCAAAAUCAUAGAUUCACAGAAUUUACACGAAUGCAAUGGCCCACAUCACAUGCAUAUUUUUGAACAAUCGACUGUCAUGUGAAAUGUGGAAUGUAACAAAAGGAUCAGAUCGAACCGGAUCAGAUCAGUAUAGUGGAUUUAUACAAGAAAAGAAUGUGUGUAUACCAUGUCGUUGUUGACAUAAGGAAAAUAUAUAAUAAAGUUGAUGAAUUGUUCAAUACCAA